AUCGAUAUUUGCAGUUUACUUCAAACUGCUCAUCUCAACUCAACAACAUUCGGCUGCGGAGAAUUUUCCAACGUGGUUGGCAUUAACUUCAACAGCCAUUAAAAAACAUGGUUAAUACAAAAGGUAUAAGACGAGGUACUAGGUACCUGUUUGCCCGAAAAUUCCGACAUCAUGGAGUUGAACCUCUGUCUACUUUUCUGAGAGUGUACAAGCGGGGAGACAUUGUCGACAUCAAAGGAAAUGGAGCCUUUCAAAAGGGAAUGCCUCAUAAGUACUACCAUGGUAAAACUGGAAAAGUCUUCAACGUGACCCCACAUGCAGUUGGAGUAAUCGUCAACAAGCGAGUAAGGAAUCGCAUCAUUCCAAAACACAUCAAUGUUCGAGUGGAGCAUAUCAAACACUCCAAAUGCCGGCAAGAUUUUCUUGAAAGAUUGAAAGAAAAUGAACGUAAAAAGAAAGACGCAAAAGCAAAGGGGAUCAAAAUAUCUUGUAAAAGGCAGCCUGCCCAGCCACGUGGUGCGCAUUUUGUCAAAACUCUAGGCAAUAAGCCACAGUAUCUUGAGCCUAUACCAUAUGAAUUUAUUGCUUAAUUUUGGGCUUGUUGAAUAAAAAUUAUUAUCCAUAUA